CACCUCCAGAGCUCCGACAGACCGGAGCAGAGACACACGGGAAGCGGCGUGUCUGCGCAUCUAUCACCGUUACAAACUUCAUGGACUUGGGGGGGGACGAACGAUAAUCUUCUUUUCACCUUUUCUUUUUAACCUUUUAUCCUUUUUUUUUUCUUCUUCUUCUUUUUUUGAUCUUCAAGUCAAAUGACACGAGGGAAAAGAAAAAGAGGAAGAAGUCUCUCCAUCGGCUCUUAUUUUUCACCCUCUUGUCACUGAGCCGCCACUCAACGAGCGUUCGGGCUUCCAGCCAGCAGGAGAUGGAAAGCUGCCAAUGAGCGAAUUCUAUGUUAAGCACCAGCCAUGGCUGCCCACCGCAUCAUCAGAGUGACGAACAACAAUAACGUCCUUCCUCGCUGCAAGUCUGAGGGGACGCUCAUCGACCUUAGCGAAGGGUUCACCGGGGCCAGUCUUGACGAUGUCAAAGUGCCUUCUCCCAGUGCCUUAAGGCUGGACACUUCAGCCUCCUAUGGAGCUGCGCAGGAAGUGGUUGCCAUAAAGGAUUAUUGCCCCAGCAGCUUCACCACGCUGAAGUUUUCCAAAGGGGAUCGUCUCUAUGUGUUGGACACGUCAGGUGGAGAGUGGUGGUACGCCCACAACAACAUGGAAAUGGGCUACAUCCCAGCCGCCUACGUCCAGCCGGUCAACUUCAGGAACUCUGUCCUUAGCGACAGUGGGAUGAUUGACAGUCUCGGGGAAGCAUACGAUGAUGGGUCGAAGGAGUUUGGAGGUUUGGGCGAGUGGACAGGGAUAACCCUUAAGCCCUCCCCAAUUUACAACAACAGUCCCCUCUCUGUGAACCCCUUUAUCCAUCCGUUAGAUCAAAACUGCAAAGAUAUAGGUGUAAGGAACUCAACAGAUCUCAUUCUGUUUGAUGCGCUGGCAUCUCCAUCAUCUUGCUUAAACUUUAACACUAGUACAGUCAUGACCAAUGGGUUCAGCAGCUGCCACAUUAACAAUACCACCCCCACCAGCCCAAAUCAAGAGGUCGGACAUAACCUCCACAGGGAUAACCCGUUUUUUAGGAGUAAACGCUCCCACAGUCUCUCAGAACUGUCAGUGUUGCAGGCGCAGUCGAAUCCAACCUUACCUUCCUCCGUAUUCUUCACAGGCCUUAAGGCUCCUUCACCGGAGCAGUUUCAGAGCAGGGAGGACUUCAGGACUGCUUGGUUGAACCACAGAAAGCUAGCCAGGUCUUGCCAUGACCUUGACUCCCUGGGUCAGAGUCCUGGGUGGGGCCAGACGCAGCCAGUGGAGACCAACAUUGUGUGCAGGUUGGACAGUAACGGAGGAGUUGUUCAGCUCCCGGACACCCAAAUCACCAUACACAUCCCUGAAGGCCACGUCAGCCGUGGAGACAGCCAACAGAUCUCCAUGAAAGCUUUACUAGACCCUCCUCUGGAGCUCAACGGUGACCACUGCUCCACUGUUAGCCCCGUGGUGGAGAUCAAGCUGAGCAACAUGGAGACCAGGUCCUUUAUCACGUUGGAGAUGAAGGUAUUGGUUACUGUCAAGAAGGAAAGUUGUCACACGGCAGAGGUGCUUUGCGUUCGAAGUGACUGCAAAGAAGGGCCUUACACGCCCAUCCCUAAUGCUUACAUUUACAAGGAUACAGUCCAGGUGCAGCUGGAUAGUUUAGAGCCUUGUAUGUAUGUGGCUGUUGUGGUUAAGGCACAGUACAUCAGCCACAAUACCACUGUUUGGGACCACGUGCAGAGGAAAGUAACUCUGGGCGUCUACGGUCCCAAGCACAUUCACCCUUCCUUCAAAACAGUUGUGGCAAUGUUUGGGCAUGACUGUGCCCCUAAUACAUUGUUGGUAAAUGAGGCGGGCCGGCAGGCUAGCUCCACCCCGCCAGUGGCCCUCCAGCUGUGGGGGAAGCACCAGUUUGUGCUGGGGUACCCUCAGGACCUCCAGGUGGGAUUGUACUCCAACAUGUCCAACUAUCAGGUGAAGGCGAGCGAGGGUGCCGGGGUGAUUCAGGGAUUUCAGGUCAAACUGGGGAAAGUCAGCAGGCUCCUGUACAUGAUCACAUCGCAUGACCCCAACAGCAUCUCAGAUUUUACUCUCAAGGUCCAAGUCAAGGACGCCCUUGACUGUAUCCUCACCCAGUUUUGCGUCCAGACGCCAUCACCGCCACCAAAGACCAGAGCGAGGAUAAUGGGCCAGAGGAGGUUUCUGAAAAAGAAAGAGGUGGAUAAGAUUGUCCUCUCACCACUGGCUGUCACUUCCAAAUACCCAAAGUUUCAGGACCGAUGCAUUACCAUCCUUAAAUUCGGCAAGUUGAUCAAAACAGUGAAUAGGCAGCACAAGAGUACUUAUCUGUUGGAGUACAAAAAGGGUGAUGUUAUUGCUUUGCUCAGCGAGGACAAAAUCAAACUGCGAGGGCAGCUGCGGACCAAAGAGUGGUUCAUUGGAUACUACCAGGGGAAGAUAGGCCUUGUCCAUGCCAAGAACGUUUUAGUUCUGGGUAAGGUCAAGCCUAUUUAUUGGUGUGGGCCGGACCUAACAACCACAAUGCUGCUGGAGCAGAUCCUGAAGCCUUGCAAAUUUCUUACGUACAUCUACGCAACAGUGAGGACGGUUUUAAUGGAGAACGUGGGCAACUGGAGGGCAUUUGCAGAUGCCCUUGGGUAUGGGAAUUUGCCACUUAAUUAUUUUCUCCGAACCGAGCUGGACAAUGAGCCGGAGAAGGUGGCGUCGGUUCUGGAGAAACUCAAAGAGGAGUGUACGAACUUGGAGAACAAGGAGAGGAAGUCCUUCCAGAGGGAACUCAUGAUGGCGUUGCUGAAGAUGGACUGCCAGGGUCUGGUUGCCAGACUGGUCCUGGAUUUCGUCUUGCUGACCACGGCGGUGGAGGUGGCGUUCCGCUGGAGGGAACUGGCCGAGAAACUUGCUCGAGUGUCCAGACAGCAGAUGGAGGCCUACGAGGCUCCGCACCGCGACAAGAACGGCCUGUUGGACAAUGAGUCCAUGUGGAAGCCAGCCUACGACUUCCUCCUAACGUGGGCCGCCCACAUCGGGGACAGCUACCGAGACGUGAUCCAGGAGCUCCACCUCGGCCUAGACAAGAUGAGGAACCCCAUCACCAAGAGGUGGAAGCACCUGACGGGCACGCUAAUCCUCGUCAACUGCCUCGAUACGCUCCAAAGUGCCGCCUUCUGUCCCACGGGAUACGGAGAUUUCGCCGUGUGAACACUUUCACGCACCUGGAGAACACUUUCUGUUAAAAAGUCUAUGAGGGCUGUUCCGAUACCAGUAUCGGAAAAGUCUCCGAUAUGGCCUAAAAUGCUGGCAUGGGUAUCGGAGAGUACUGGAGUUUAUGCACCGAUCCAGUACCACGUAGUUUAGCCCUGA